CGCUAGUAGCCCCACCAGUGGAGGGGUUGCGCCAGUCAGCUUCACUCUUGCCGAUUGAAUAAUUACAUAUAACCUUAUCAAUUGCGAUUUGUUGUGAUUUUGUGAUAUUUGUCAAUACUUGUAAGAGUUUCUUUGGGGACAAUUGCGACAUCCAAUCGCUAGAAGUACCUUUCAAACUUCAGCAAUUGCGCUUUUGUUUUAUGCAAACAGACUAGGGACUCCAUCUGCGCAUUUCCAAAGUUUUAUUUUCCAAGAGUGCCUGAAGUUAUUUAGAGUAUGCCUCCAGCAAAGAAACGUAAUGAGUUCAUCUUCGUUGUCGACUUGGCGUCGGACGAAACCUUCCUGCAAAACGCACUUGAUCGAAUUUUCACAUUGAAGUCUCUGGAGACCAGAGGUCCAAAAAAGGACAAAACCAAUGAUCAGUUCCAGUUGAUUGCCAUGAAUUAUCCGCAUCCUGACACAGAUGGUUCAAAUUACAUGCUGAUCAGUGAUUUUGCAACACCAAUGUACACUGACGGUGUCUUCAAAUUUUUGAGUGAACAUCUGCUCAUUUAUAAGGAGAUGGACUACAAAGAUUGUGAUUGCAAUUUGAUCAGUGCCAUUCAGUAUGGAGGUGGAAUGUUUAAUGCAUUAUCAGAUAAAUUGCAUGUUUCAACUUUUUUUUUGAUUGUCAUCAGUGAUUUUAAAAAUUUUCCAAACUCUCCUUAUGAUGAAACUGAAAUUCAACAAUGUGUUGAUCUCAUUUGUACCCUGAACAUAAAGUUUAUUGCUGUAGUGGAUCAAGACAUUUCCUACACUUAUAAUGACAUGAUUGAGACAUGUAGGGAAGUUGGUAAGGUGAUGGAAAGUAUUCAAAUUCCAAGGAGGAACAGUGCCAUUGAAGCAGUUUGUUCAAUUGCUCAACAAACGAAUGGGAUUGUGACCGGGGAAAAGCUUUUUUUGAACUUUGUGACCUUCUUCGCCAACCCAGUGUCUAAACAACCUUGGAAUACGUCCCUCACUCUGGGGAGUUACUCUUACUCUACUGUUACAACAAAACUUACUGAACAAGCAAACAGUUUCUUAGGCAAAAGACUGCCGAUUCGCCAAUCUGCCUAUCGCCAGCCGCAGACGGUCAACUUGCAAGAUGUUGACAUCUUGGCUACUACAUCUUCUGAUGCAGGACAACAGAUCGCUGAAGGGGAUGUGGCCUUGGUGAAGCUCUUCCACGGUCAUGCGCUGAACAUUCCUGCAGAUGUGCGUGCCUUUGCGAAGGAUGUCCCAGCCACGUUUAAGAUUCUUGGUUUUAUUGAUGCCAGUGAAAUGUCGGAAUUAUACUACGGGGGGGACGAGUCCUUUGCCGUCAACGCGCGUGAAGACAAUCCUCGCGCGGAGCAUUUCGUGGAAUUAGUAUUUAAAAUGAUCCGACGAAAGAAAUACGCCAUCGCAGCAAGGGUAUAUUCCAGAGGGAAGUCGGCCAGUGCGUUUGUGCUGAUUCCCCAACCGGAAGGCUGGUUGUUGAUGACCCACCUAUGCGAGGGCGCCUUACGUGUUCUGAAUCCGAUCGAAGUGGACCAUACUUAUGUCGAUGAAGAAUCCCUCUCUGAAGGGAUGCUGGCGUUACGACAUCAUCUUAUUAAGAAUAACGCUUUGUUCCACCCAUGCAGUUCGUUGGGGACUGGACAAAUUCGCGUUUGCAAUAAUGUGCGACGCCUUUGCGGAUAUAACAAACAUUUAUUCAAACCGGAUGAGUUGACAGUUGGACUGAGCCACAGAGACAAGGAUUUGAUCAAUAAUAUGUUUGUCCCAACAUCUUCAAAGACUGAUAAACCCGCCGUUGAAGAGCCUCACCAAACCAACGACAUGGAGGAAGAUUGGUAGACAGGAAUGGAUGGACACAAACAUAUUUUAUCCUUUACUUUUAUACAUCUUGUUCUUAAAUUGUUCCAUAAGUUGUCUGUUAUCAUGUUGUUAAGUUAUAUAAAAAGUUAUAUAAAAA